AUGCAACUUCUUCGCUUUUUGGCCGCUUUAGCGGUCGUUUUAUGCUCAUUCCUGGUAUUGGCGGCGGAAGACUACUACAAAUUGCUGGGUCUGGACAAGUCAGCUUCAGAAAAAGAUAUCAAGCGAGCAUACCGAACCCUAAGCAAGAAAUACCACCCAGACAAGAACCCAGGUGACGAUUCUGCGCGCGAGAAAUUCGUCGAAAUAGCAGACGCCUACGAUGUCCUCUCCACCCCUUCGCUUCGCAAAGUCUACGACCAAUACGGCCAUGACGGCGUCGAGCAGCAGCGCAAAGGCGGCCAAGCCGGUGGCCGCGGCAACGAUCCCUUCGACCUGUUCUCCCGGUUCUUCGGUGGCGGCGGGCACUUUGGGCAUGGCGGCGGACAUCGGCGGGGCCCGGACAUGGAAGUGAAAGCGGCGCUGCCGCUGCGGGAUUUCUACAAUGGGCGCGAGAUCAACUUCCUGGUUGAGAAGCAGCAAAUCUGCGACUCGUGCGAGGGGACGGGGUCGAAGGACCGGAAGGUUGUUACGUGCGACCAGUGCAAUGGGCAAGGGCGGGUGAUCCAGAAGCAUAUGCUUGCGCCGGGCAUGUUCCAGCAGGUGCAGAUGCCGUGUGAUCGGUGUGGAGGGCAGGGGAAGAAGAUCAAGAACCCUUGCCCUGUUUGUCACGGCAAUCGGGUGGUUAAAAAUAAUGUGGAGCAGUCUGCAGAGAUCAAGCCGGGAAUGGGCUCGGGGACAAGAUUGGUGUUUGAAAACGAGGCAGACGAGAGUCCAGAUUGGGUUGCUGGGGAUUUGAUUGUUGUGCUGGAAGAGAAGGACCCGGAGCUUGGCAGUGACGAGGCAGAGCGCACGGAUGGAACGUUCUUCCGCCGUAAGGGCAAGGACUUGUUCUGGAAGGAGCCGCUUUCGUUGCGCGAGGCGUGGAUGGGCGAGUGGUCGCGCAACCUGACGCAUCUAGAUGGACAUGUGGUGCGGCUUGGUCGCAGUCGCGGCCAGGUGGUGCAGCCCCUUUCUGUGGAGACGAUCCAUGGCGAGGGCAUGCCGCAUUACUCGGAGGGCCAUUUGCAUGAUCAUGAUGAGAACGAUACCCCCGGAAACCUCUAUAUUGAGUAUAAUGUCGUGCUGCCGGAUGAUAUGGAGAGCGGCAUGGAGAAGGAGUUCUUCGCACUGUGGGAGAAGUGGCGCAAGAAGAUCGGCAUCGAUCUGAGUAAAGAUAGUGGUCGCCCGGUACCUCCGCCGGCGGAGGAAGUCAAGGACGAGCUAUGA